AUGCGGCAGAUGUCGAACGCGCUCGCGAGCACGGCGGCGAGUCGAGGCGACGUCGGAUGGUUGGACGACGAGGCGGCGGAAACGACGAUCGACGGCGAAUCGGCGUUCGAGGAAGCUUUGGAAGGAGUUUUAGCGCGUCCUGGGAGCGUGCUCGCGACGGGUGCGGAGUACUUUUAUCUGCUCGUGCCAGGUUUGUUUGGAUCGUACUAUCCGCGAUACUACGCCGACGUUGAGCAGGCGUUCCGAGACCGCGGAGCGCAGUGUCGCAUCUCGCGUUUGGUCGAUGGCGAAGGCGCGGUCGUAACGAACGCAAAGGCACUGGCGCGCGAGAUUGAAGAUAUUCACGCCGAGACUGGGAAACGUGUCGUGAUCAUUGGACACUCGAAGGGCGGCGUCGACGGAGGCGCGGCGCUCGCGUUGCACGACGACAGACUACGAAAGCUCGUGCGCGGUUUAAUCGCGGUGCAAAGCCCGUUCGGAGGGUCACCCAUCGCGACCGAUUUACUCAGCGCGCCGUUGGCGGACCCCGUCGCUUCGCUUCUUGAAAUUUUGGUGAGCGCGCCCAAAGGCGACGGCGCUCGAUUGCUCGAGCCUAUUCGCGACUUGACGUAUCGCGAACGUCGCGCUUUUCUCGCCGCGCACCCCAUUCCGAGUCACUAUCCCGUGGUGUCCUUCGCCACGGCGACGAAAUCCGCCGCGGCCGGUUUGUUUCCAUCCGCGCGCUACAUCGACAAUCGCUACGGCGAGCCCAGCGACGGCUUGGUGUGCGUUCGCGACGCUCAAAUCCCUCGCGCCGUGUGCGUCAACGUCAAAUUUGAAAACGACCACGCCGACUGCGUGUUCCCUUCGCGGCACCCCUCCGACAUGGUGGACGCGCACGCGCGCGCGCAGGCUGAAAAUCUCGCCCUGCGCCAGCGUCUGGGUCUGUGCGAUUCCCCUCGCCGUGGUCCGCCGCUCCCGCCGCCCGUCGGCGUCUCCGUCGUCGCCGCGCAGCGCGCGCUCGCCGACGCCCUCCCCGAGCGCUUAAAGUCCUCCCCCGCGAGCGUCGAUUACCACGAAGCCUUGGUCGGGGUGUUACUCGCGCGUCCGGGUCCUUAG